ACUUCAAGAUGGCAACAGUAGUAGAACUCAGCCACAUCCUUUCAACAUCUGAAUCAGCAGAAGGAGAUGACAACAAACUCAAGUUUCACCCAGGGAUGUUCCUAGAACCUCGAGAGAAGAAAAUUGAUGUGAAGGCACUCGUAGUCAAGAAAGCAAAGAAAACUUGCAGCUGUACUCCAGCCAAAGCAAAAGACCUAAUUUUCAGUUUCUUCCCUGUCUUGCAGUGGCUCCCCAAAUACAAGCUAAAAGAAUACAUCCUGGGGGAUGUAAUGUCUGGGCUGAUUGUGGGCAUCUUGCUGGUGCCGCAGUCCAUUGCCUAUUCCCUAUUGGCUGGCCAGGAGCCUAUUUAUGGGCUUUACACAUCAUUUUUUGCCAGCAUUAUUUAUUUCCUGUUUGGAACUUCCCGUCACAUCUCAGUUGGCAUUUUUGGUGUGCUAUGCCUGAUGGUGGGACAGGUGGUAGACCGUGAGGUGCAGAGAGCUGGAUAUGACCUUGAAUCAGAUAUUCACAGUAGCCUUCAUAGAGACUUGGUAAUUGGUAUAAACAGCACAGCUUUGCCCAUGAACCAGACAUCACAACAGCUGUUAUGUGAUAAAAGUUGCUAUGCAAUUGCGGUAGGAUCCACUCUGACCUUCAUAGCUGGAGUUUAUCAGGUUGCAAUGGGCUUCUUUCAGGUGGGCUUUGUCUCAGUGUACCUCUCCGAUUCUUUGCUCAGCGGGUUUGUCACAGGUGCCUCCUUCACAAUCCUGACCUCCCAAGCCAAGUAUCUCCUAGGUAUAGACAUUCCACGAAGCAAUGGCAUUGGCUCCCUCAUAACCACCUGGAUAAAUAUCUUCAAAAAUAUAUACAAGACCAACAUCUGUGACCUUAUUACCAGUGUCUUGUGCCUUCUCAUUCUUGUCCCAACCAAAGAGAUGAAUGAAUACUUCAAAUCCAAACUCAAGGCUCCAAUACCCGUUGAACUGGUGGUGAUUGUGGCAGCUACACUGGCAUCUCACUUUGGGAAACUGAAAGAGAAUUAUGGUUCCAGCAUUGCUGGACACAUUCCAACUGGAUUUCUGCCACCCCGUCCACCUGAUUGGGACUUGAUUCCCAGUGUGGCUCUGGAUGCUGUUGCUAUUGCUGUUAUUGGCUUUGCCAUCACUGUGUCCCUCUCAGAGAUGUUUGCCAAGAAACAUGGUUAUACAGUUAAGGCCAACCAAGAAAUGUAUGCUAUUGGCUUCUGCAAUAUUAUUCCUUCUUUCUUCCACUGCUUUACAACUAGUGCAGCUCUUGCCAAGACACUUGUCAAAGAGUCAACAGGCUGCAGAACUCAGAUCUCCAGUGUGGUGACUGCACUGAUCAUCUUGUUAGUCCUGCUUGUGAUUGCCCCUCUGUUCUAUUCCCUUCAGAAAUGUGUCUUAGCAGUCAUAACUAUAGUAAACCUUAGAGGAGCCCUGCGGAAGUUCAGGGACCUGCCCAAAAUGUGGUGUUUGAGCAAGGUGGACACGCUGAUUUGGUUUGUUACUAUGGUAGCCUCCGCACUGGUAAGUACUGAGAUUGGCUUGUUGGUUGGUGUCUGCUUCUCUAUGCUGUGUGUUAUUUUUCGAACUCAAAGGCCAGAAGCAGCAUUGCUUGGCUGGGUAGCUGAGUCUGAGGCAUAUGAACCCCUAUCUUCUUACAAGAACUUGCAGACUAAACUGGGCAUCAGGAUUUUCCGUUUCGAGGCACCUCUUUAUUACAUCAACAAGGAAUGCUUUAAAUCUACAUUGUACAAGAGGACUGGAGUCAACCCAGCCUGGGUGAAGGCAGCAAAGAAAAAGGCAGAAAAGCAAAUGCUAAAAGAGAAGAUGAUGAAUUCUGAGGGCAAACAAGAUGACAUCUCAGUGCAGCUUGUCUCUGAACCCUUGGACUUCCACACCAUAGUGAUUGACUGCUGUGCAGUGCAGUUCUUGGACACAGCAGGGAUUCGCACACUCAAAGAGGUCUGCAGAGAUUAUGAGGAGAUUGGCAUCCAGGUGCUGUUGGCUCAGUGCAACCCCUCUGUGAGGAGUUCUUUGCAACGGGGAGAGUACUUUAAGAAGGGGACAAGGCACCUUCUCUUCCACAGUGUGCACCAGGCUGUGGACUUUGCACUUGGGGCACAUAUGCAAAAUGGGAGUUGUGCUUCUGACUCAUAGUGCUGGGAAGGCAACAAUCAGGGCAGGAUCAGGAAAACACGUAGGUGUGAAUGUAAUGCAUAUAUACUCAGGCAGGUAAAAGUACUCCAAGAGCGGAGUUGCUGUUCAUAUACAGUUGAGUUCACAGAGUGCUCUGCUGCUUCAAUUUACCCUGCUGGCUAGGGUGAUUAGCUAAGUAGUGCUGAAUGUAGGCAUCUGUAACAUGUUCAUGACUCACCUACAAAACCUAUUGUAUUCAUGAUUCUUGUGUGUCCCUCUCAUCCUUCCAUGUAAUUAGGGCCAAAGAAGGAGCAGCUAGGAUCAAAACCCUGUCUGGCUUGGACUCUGAUAUGACAUCACUUGCAAUGGCUUUGACUCCCAGGGGUGGGAGAUAUGGGAAUUGUUCAGAGUGAAAUGGUUUUAAGUUGUAAGCACCUCUCACUCAAAGUUGCCUUGCUAACUGGUGUCUGGCAGUGUAAUGCAGCUAGAUAAGGACUGGAGGAAUGGUUCUCUCAUUUACACACUGGCCUGUAUGUUUUUUUGUUACAAUAGAUCAACUUUGCAGGUUGAAUUCCUUUGGAUAAUCUAGACUGAUCUUUAUUAAAAGUUUUUCAGAGCACCAUACUGCAGAGGAGGACUGCAGAAGGGAAGUAAAGAGGCAGGCUUAUUGCAGUCUGACGUGCUUAUGUUUAGUCAUCACGUGUUCUAGUAUAUUCGAGGAAAAGCAUAAAAAUUGGAUU